AUAGACACGGUGGGGAUGGGUUGACAGUUGGACUCGACGACCUCAGAGGUCUUUUCCAACCUUCGUGAUUCGAUGACCGUAUGAUUCUAUGAGCGGUACAUGAUCGCCUCCGCGGCGCUGCGCCCAUCCCCACUCCCUCGCCGCCGUCCCCGGCCGCCACCCGGGGCAAAGGCGCGGGAGGCGGAGAGGCGCAGAGGCCGGGCACGGCGGAGGCGGGUUCCCGGCGCGGCGCAGCACCGAGCGGCCGGAGCAUGGCGCGGGAGCUGAGCCAGGAGGCUGUGCUGGACUUCCUCUGGGCGGCGGGGGGCCGAGCCCCCAACGCGGCGCUGCUCCGCCACUUCCAGGGCUUCCUCCGCGACCCGGCGCUGACGGACGCGCAGCGUGGGGAGCGCCGCGAGCUGUUCAAGCGCCUGGUCAAUGCCGUGGCCACCGUGCAACCCGCGGCCGCCGGCACCUCCAAGGACAUCGUGCUCCGCCGCAGGUACCGCGACCUCCUCGACGAGGAGCUGCCGCCGCAGGAAGAAGAGCCGGAGGAGAAGAAGGAGGAGGAGAAGCAGCCGUCCCCGCCGCCCCGCUGCGAUCCCUGCCGGCGGCGCGACCCCCCGGGGAAGGGGCGGACGGGCGGGGGGCAGCACGGCGGAGCGGCCGCCGCUGCGGGCUGCGCUGCCCGGGGCCGCGGCGGGCUCUGCCUCGAGUGCCGCCGGGCGCUCCGCGAUGCCGCCACCGCCGCCCCGCCGCCCCCCUAUCGGAACCUCCAGGGGCCGCCCCCGUACCGGGCGCCGCAGCCGCUCUCCGCCGGACCGUCCCCGUCCCCGUCCCGGUGCCCGCAGCGGCCGCCGCCUCCCGUCGGGUCUGCCUCUGUCGGGUCCCUGCCACCUCCUGGCCCCAGAGGGCUACUCCCAGCCCGGUCCCCUCUGUUGUCAGCGGGCCCCAGGGUGCUGCCCCUCGGCGGGCCGCCUCGAGCCCGGUCCCCACAGCCGUCCGUCCCGGAGCCAUCCCCUGCCGAGUCCCUGCCGCUGCUCUCAGCCCCAGAGAUGCCGCCCCUCUCGCAGUCCCGGUCCCUGCAGACUCUCACUGCCGGACACAACUCGUCCCCAUCACUGCUUUUAUCAGGCCCGGAUGCACUCCCGCUGCCCCUGUCCAGGUCCCUUCAGACGCUUUCCACCAGGCUCCCCCCAUCCUCACGAGAGGGGCCCAAGGUACGGACCCCCAACGGCCCAGUGCGACCUCGAGCCACGCUGCUGCACGCUGCAGGGCCCCACUCACCUCCAGCCCUGCCACAGCCAGCAGGCCCUGGGGGGCAGCCCCCCUGCUCCCAGCCCCUUCCUGCCAGUCCACUCCUGUCCCGGUCUGUGCUGCCAGCAUCAGACCCCCAGGGGCCACCAGCUAGCACCCCCCCAGCCCCAAUACCUGUCUUCCGCAGCAUCAGGUGCCAACUUGCUAUGCUGGAGGUGUCUGAUGACAGAGGGAGACCUCUCCGUGCAGUGCCCCAGAGGAGCUCAUCCACACAUGUCCCAAGCCGGGGGCCGACGGUGCCACUGGGUCGGCGGGCGCACGCUUGGCUGGUGGCAGUGUCAGCGGGGCGCUGGGCCCAAGUGCGGGGACUUUUCCUGGAGGAGCCAGAGCUGGCCCUGCAGCGGGACUUCGUGUCGGGCUUCACGGUGCUGCACUGGCUGGCCAAGCACGGUGAUGGGCCAGGCCUGCAGGAGCUGGCCAAAGCAGCACGCCAGGCUGGGCUGGCAUUGGACGUGGACGCUCGAUCCGGCUGCGGGUACACUCCAUUGCACCUGGCUGCCAUACAUGGCCACACGCUCGUCAUCAAGGUGUUGGUGCUGCAGCUGGGCUGCCAGGUACAGGUGCGGGAUGGCAGCGGGCGCCGGCCCUGGGAGUACCUGGGCAGUAGCACCUCCGGGGAGAUCUGGCAGCUCCUGCAGGCGCCCCGGGGCACGAUUAUGUUCCCCACGCAGCCCCUGGCCCGUAGUGUGUCCUCAGCCAGCAAGGCUCUACCGCCUGCAGGCCGGGCGCCGCUGGCUGCAUGCCUUAAACCACAGCGCAGCCGCCGGGCAGCAUCCCACCAAGCUGGCAGUGAGAGCGACUGACGGACAGCAGCAUGCACCCCCUGCACAGGAGACUGGAUCCAAGAGGAAGGCAGGUGGGCAGGAAAAGCUACAAACCCAACUGAACUUCUUGAGGAAUGUACUGUUAAAUUAUUGCAAUGAAAUACUGUCUGAGUCUCUUUGCUCUCCCUUCAAUUUCUUGCUUUUCUGAGAGCAAAAUGAUGCAGCUCCUUGUCUGGAAGUGCGUCUGAACCUGGGGAAUGACUCACAGUCACCAGCACAAGUGGGGUCAUGGGCCUGGGGUCUCGAGCUGUGGUGUGACAUUUGCAGUGUGGCCACAGCAAGGGCAGUGCUGGCUUUCUCUCCCAGGGAUGGGUUGCUGUUGAUGCUGGGGUUUGCAAAACACCUGCUUACACCACCUACAUUCCAGGGAGUAGCUUGGGCUCCUUGUCUAAUCCCAGCAGAUUAAGGGAUGAGCCCCUUUCCUAAAUAUGCAGUUGGUCCAGAGCUGGCCUUCCGGCAAGCAUCUUCAAAGAGGGACUGGCUGUGGCAGAGGGCAGCAGUGGGAGAGCCGUGCGGAGGAGGCUGCUAACACACCCACCCCGCCUUGCAGCCCAUGCAGACAGGAAUGUGGGGCAGCACCGCAGCCCCGCUCCUCUUUGCAGCUCAUCCUGCCCCAUCUCUCUGGCCCCACGGUCCUUUUUCUCUCACUACAGCACUUGGAAGCAGUACCUGUGCUGUGGCUGCAGAUGCCCAUUCCCAUGCCUUAGGGAUGGAAAGCAUCACCACAGGAAUCCAGGCUGGGCAGACAGGGAGCUCACAGAGGGUACACGACCAGAGCUGUCUACUUUCUCAGACACCCCAGCCCUGAAUUUCCUUACAAGAGUUUGUGUGAUGGGGAUGAGUGGGACUGGGAGUCUGGGUGCAGAGAAUGGAUGUGCAGUGUGGUGAUUUCCAAGAGCUUCCAAACCACAAACUGCCUUUGGGAAUCCCACUGGACUUAGGAAAAAAUGUGUUCUGCUCACUGAUUUAGCAAAAAUGAGCAGUCCAAAAAUGCAACAGGUUAACUGCACAGCAGCGCUGCCUGGCUCACCUGAAGAUUCUGUAUGAAGGCAGAGAUGGAGCUAAGAUCUGCAUGACGGGCACAUCGCUGCUGGGCUGAUGCUCCCACUGCUGGGCGACCCCAGGAGCAGCAGGUGUCAGUGCCUGUGAGUGCAGGGCUGCCAGCUCUGGCACUUCGGGGCAGAGCAGUGCAGUAGGUGGGACUGGUCCUG